AAGAAAGCAAGAGGAAACGGCAAAAGACAGCCGAAGAAAAGUGAAUUCCAUGCCAAAGCUAAAGGGAAUACAAGUGAAGUGUUAUCGACACGCCAAAGCUAAGGCGAAAAGCUGAAAGACAUCAAACCAAAAUCAAAACCAACCUACCACAAGCCGCAAGUCAAACGCUAUAUCCACCACAAACCACGCUACUCACCACACUCCGAAACGAAAUUCACCCGUUCGCGUUUUUAAACGCGUCAAAAUUACGUUCAGUACAAGUGUAAAUACGUGCGGGGCGUGCAACCAGAGCGAGGACAUCAUCAUGCUGUUAUCGUACAGAUACAUCUAUUCCGUGCUACUGACCACCAUAGCCAGCAUUAUGGUUGUGCUCAGUUCAGCCCCGCACAUGCAGCUGCCCGUACGCAAAUGCAGCGGUCCCGGCCACAGCAUGGCAUUGAAUCUGGCCGAGUAUGGACUGCUGGAGAAUCGAAUUAGCACAUUGGACGCACCCCAUCAAACGCACUGGAGCAAAAAGUUUCUGGCCAAGCGCGAGGCAUCGCCGCAUUCGGCACCGUACGUGGUCAGCAUACAGAUGAUGACACCGGAUCAGGGCCUGGUGCAUUAUUGCGCCGGCACCGUGAUCAACGAGCACUGGAUACUGACGGCCGCCCACUGCCUCACCUCGCCACAGUCCGUGGCCAGUUCGGUGAUUGUCGCCGGUAGCCAUGAUAUUCAUAAUCGACGCGGCGAGGCGGGCAACGUGCAGAUGCGCAAUAUUGACUACUAUGUGCGACAUGAGCUCUACCUGGGCGGCGUGAAUCCCUACGACAUUGCGCUCAUCUACACCAAGAAGCCGCUCAUCUUCGAUGAGUACGUGCAGGCGGCAACGCUGCCCGAGCAGGACGCUCAGCCCGAGGGCUACGGCACGCUAUACGGCUGGGGCAAUGUCUCAAUGACGGCCGUGCCCAACUAUCCGCACAAGCUGCAGAUGGCCAACAUGCCCAUAUUGGAUAUGAAGCUUUGCGAGGAGAUCCUAGCACGCUCCGGCCUCGAGCUGCACGAGACGAACCUGUGCACCGGCCCCCUGAGCGGAGGUGUCAGCAUUUGCACCGCCGACUCCGGCGGUCCACUCAUGCAGGAAUGCUGCGAACCACAUCUGGAGCAGAGCAACAUAAUCAUUGGCAUCGUGUCCUGGGGCAGAUUGCCCUGCGGCCAGAAGAAUGCGCCCUCUGUCUUUGUGCGCGUCUCCGCGUUUACAGAUUGGAUCAACCAGGUUAUCGCCUCUGCCACCCAACUCAUGUAGAGCGGAUUAUCGGCACGGAGAGAGUUCCUGGGACUUCAUAGCGCACACGCAGCUCGAAUUGAAUACAUCGAAACAAAAAACACAAAAACCAAAUACAUACAAAAAAAUACCUAGCUUCUAAUCUCAGUAGUCAAAUAAGUGUUACGUAUACUGCCCGGCCGUAAAAACUAAGUCAUAUAAUUUUAAGUC